AUGGCCACAAAUAACAUCGUCGUUCUUGGCGCUGGAGUCUCGGGCCUGACAACGGCUUACCUCCUAUCCAAGGACCCGUCCAACAAGAUCACCGUGCUGGCCAAGCACAUGCCAGGUGACUACGACAUCGAAUAUGCUUCUCCUUGGGCUGGCGCCAACUAUAUGCCAACGGGCAAGGAAGGCAGCGCGCAUCAGCAAUGGGAGAGAGCCACAUGGGCGCCCCUGAAGGAGCUGGCAGAGAAACACCCGGAAGCAGGUGUUCACUUUCUAGGGACGAUUAUUUACAACCGCACCAAGGACCAGCACUCCCCUAUGGCACAGGUGUUCUCGGAGCUGGUACAGCCGAAUCCGUGGUACAAGGAUGUCGUGCCUGAUUUCAAAACCGUUCCCGACGACCAGCUCGGCCCGGGAAUCGACAACGCACAAACCUUUACUUCGGUUUGCAUCAACUCGCCCGUCUACCUGUCAUGGCUGGUCGGACAGUGCGCGAAGGCGGGCACGGUCUUUAAGCGAGCCACGCUCAAGCAUAUUACGGACGCCGCCAGUGCACACCACUCGGGCCAGACAGCCGAUGUGGUCAUCAAUUGCACGGGUCUCUCGUCCAAGUUCCUCGGCGGUGUCCUCGAUGACAAGUUGUAUCCUGCCCGGGGCCAGGUUGUGGUCGUGCGCAACGACGCCGGUCCCAUGUCGUCUGUUUCAGGAACGGAUGAUGGCGAUGACGAAGCAUUGUACAUUAUGACUCGUGCCCUGGGCGGCGGCACCGUUCUCGGAGGAUCGUAUCAAAAGCACAACUGGGAUGCGCUACCUGAUCCGAACCUCGCCAAUCGGAUCAUGAAGCGUGCGAUUGCGAGUGCGCCGCAGCUGGUCCAGAAGGGACAGGGGAUCGAGGGACUGGAUAUUAUUCGACAUGGUGUUGGGCUGCGGCCGCUGCGUGAGGGAGGACCUCGGGUCGAGAAGGAUACCGUGGACGGAGUCAAUAUCGUGCACAACUAUGGCCAUGGCGGGUUUGGCUAUCAGGCGUCGUAUGGCUGUGCGGAGGCUGCGGUGUCACUGGUGAAGGAGGUUCUGAGGCAGAAGAAGGGAGCGAGGCUGUAG